UUCCCCUCCCACUGGCAUUGGCUAGAAACUGCUCAGUGUGCAAAGUGUGUAUUGUGCGCUAAAGUUGUUCUCGGAUAGGCGUUUUCUAUUAAAAUUAUUCUUAAGGAUGUACAGCUCGCACAGGACCACCGUUUCCUUCCUAGUCGCUCUCUUCAGCAUAGCCGGCACGAUCAAUUUCAUAGAAGCUGCCCGAAACAACAGGCAUGUUACCUGCGGAACAGUACUCAAGCUGGUCAACACGGACUACAAGGUGCGAUUACACUCGCACGAUGUCAAGUACGGUACGGGAUCGGGCCAGCAGUCGGUGACGGCUACCGAGCUGCAGGAAGACGUUAACAGCCACUGGGCAGUGAAGGCCGCGACGGGCAAACAUUGCGAACGAGGGGAACCAGUAAAGUGUGGCGACACGAUACGACUGCAUCAUCUGGCCACGAACAAGAAUCUGCAUUCCCAUCACUUCCAGAGCCCGCUGUCCGGCAAUCAGGAAAUCUCAGCCUAUGGCGAUGAGCAUGGGGAAGGCGAUACCGGUGAUCACUGGCUGGUGGUAUGCUCCGGCGAUAGCUGGGUGCGGACGAAUCCGGUCCGGUUGCAGCACAUCGACACCGACAUGUAUCUCGGCGUGUCCGGACGCACCUUCGGCCGGCCGAUCAACGGCCAGAUGGAGGUGAUUGGCCUGCCGAACCCGUACUCCGGCACGGAAUGGAUCGCCGCCGAGGGUUUGUUUAUCCAUCCGACGGAAAAGGACAGUGGUGCGCACGUUCACACCGAGCUGUAAAGGCGACCGCUAGGAAUAAACCCGGGUGUGCCCUCAUUGCAUGACUUCUUUUAUUUAUUGCCGAUAAUGGCCGGCACUGUAGGAAGGCGCGUGGGAAGCUAGGAUGGGCGGAAAGGAAUUUGUACGGUUGACUAUUCGAAAAAAGGGGUAGAUUGCUCGCGAACAAUAGCUACAGUUUGUGCGGAAAUAUAAAAUUGUGGUUCAAAAUA